AUGGACACUACACCUGCACCAUCUAGAGCCACGACGCUGCCGAACCAAACCCCUAAACAAGCCCGAAGUUCACCUACUCCUAGUCCAGCAGGCAUAGCAAACCACCCCUCAGUCUCCAUCCAAGUCGAGACGUGUAUCCAGACCUUCCCCCCUCGAACCAGAUCCCAGUGCGUUCCCAAUGCUACAAUUCUAACAACUACCAAACCAGUACCAAUCACACCGUCGACGACCAUUAUAUCCGCUACCAAACCGUAUUAUCACCAAACCAAGGACAAAUCAUUAUGGAAGCUACCUGCUCUACAGAAAUCUACCUUAAUUAGUGGAUCAUCCAACCUGAAUCGAAUUACCAAAACCAGUUCAGACACUGAAAUACAUUCUUACCCCGGUGCCCAAAUCCAUCACAUACAGUCAAUCCUGGAAUCAUACGACCAUGAUCCCAAACCUACUACCAUUACUCUUCAUGUAGCUAAUUUAAUUUUCAUUUCUAUAUUCAACACAGGUUCUCCCGUAUUUACGCGAUCCACAACCAGAUCAGCCACUGCUACCAGCGGAACAUUGUGUCCAGAUACAAAUACAGAAUACAGAAAUCAUCACGGGUUCCAUGUGUACAACCAAUUGUUUCAAUUAUCCCCGAAAACUGCGUAA